UGAAGGUGAAGCAGCGCUGGCUGCUGCUGUACAGACAGUAAAGCUCUUGUCUUCCUCCACUGGAGACUCUUCAGAACCUGGACAGCUCCGCGAGUCCGUUUAACAGUCGGCUUUUUGGUAAAAAGUGCGAAUAAAACAACAUGUAGCUUCUUAAAAAGUGCUGUACUAUCCGAAAGCGUCCAGCAACCAAACUUUUGCACCGGGAGAUGAUCGUUAUCACCCUGAUGAGUGAAUUACCAUUGACUGCGGCAAACUGUUCCCUACAGGAGUCCAUGGUGCCGUCAAGCUCAUGCGGGGGUUGGAGGACAACGAGACUUCUCGUGGAUUUAACCGCGUAAUAACAACACGACAUGUUAACGGACUGCUGAAUGAACUGCGCUUAUUUUCUCUAGAACAGCAUAUGUCCAAUAUAUAAAUAACUGAGUGAAAUAUUCAUGGAUUAAUCUACAAAUCACAUAUUGCAGCAAACAGGAUGUCAGUAAACGUGUCUUUCCUGUCAGUGAGUCCCACGAGCAUUUGGGAAAACUCCUCUCAGCUGAACGCCUCCUUUCCUCACUUUGCUUCUGACUGGGAGACACCGACAUUCACCGUUGCUGCUCGCUUCCGUGUGGUGGCCACCCUGGUGCUCUUCAUCUUCGCAGCUAUCAGCAACCUCUCAGUGCUGAUCAGCGUGACCAGGGGACGAGGACGCCGCCUGGCCUCCCACCUGCGGCCGCUCAUUGCCAGCCUGGCCUCCGCUGACCUGGUCAUGACUUUUGUGGUGAUGCCACUCGACGCCAUAUGGAAUAUCACAGUGCAGUGGUAUGCCGGCAAUGCUAUGUGCAAGCUCCUCUGCUUCCUCAAGCUCUUCGCCAUGCAUUCGUCAGCAUUUAUCCUGGUGGUGGUGAGUCUGGACAGGCACCAUGCAAUCCUGCACCCAUUAGAAGCUCUUGACGCCGGUCGCAGGAACAGGAGGAUGCUGCUGGCUGCCUGGAUUCUCAGCAUCCUGCUCGCCUCUCCACAGUUAUUUAUUUUCAGGGCAAUUAAGGCUGAAGGAGUUGACUUUGUGCAGUGUGUAACACAUGGAAGCUUCCAGCAGCGCUGGCAGGAAACAGCCUACAACAUGUUCCACUUUGUCACCCUCUAUGUGUUCCCUCUACUGGUAAUGAGCUUCUGCUAUACCCGAAUCCUCGUGGAAAUCAACCGCCAGAUGCCUCGUGGUAAAGGGAAGGGUGGGGAACCUUGUCUGAGACGCAGCGGAACCGACAUAAUCCCGCAGGCACGCAUGAAGACCCUGAAGAUGACCAUCAUCAUUGUGGCAUCAUUUGUGGUAUGCUGGACGCCGUAUUACCUGCUCGGCAUCUGGUACUGGUUCCAGCCUCGAAUGCUGCAUUUGAUGCCGGAAUACGUUCACCAUGCCCUCUUCGUCUUCGGCAACCUCAACACGUGCUGCGAUCCGGUGAUCUAUGGUUUCUUCACACCCUCAUUCCGAGCGGACAUAGCCAGCUGCUUCUGCAGAAGGAACCAAAACUCUUCUCCUAAAUCAUUGGACCGACUCGCCGCAAGGAGAGGGGGCGCAAGCGGAGAAGCCGAGUCGGACCUCGGAAGCGGUGACCAGCCCAGUGGACAACAAGCAUAGAGGGUCAAGAGAGCUACAGUUACAAUUUGAGGUGUGGAUUUUGCCCUCUGAACAAAAAAUAUGGAGCUUUCACUUUGUGUCCAGACAUCUAUAUAUUGUCGCUGUCGAGCGGAAUCCUUGUCUCUCCAUAUUUUUUAUUUUUUUUAUAAAUUAUUAAUAAUGGUCGCCCUUUACGCCUGUCUGUGGGUUUUGCAAACAUUUAACCAAUGAAAAGUAUUAAACAGAGCUUGUGACUGAACCUCGUAACUCCAUUGGAUCCUCAAACUGUCAGUCAAACCUCAAAACUCCACCCACCUCUAUCGUAUCGUGAAUGAAGUGCCGCACACAUUUUGGAACAUCUCUGCUUGUUUGCAAUGCAAGGGUAAAUAAAGAACUGUUUGUUUGAAUAAGUACAGUGAUUUCUUUACACAAAAAACACAAUAUAUACAUAUAUAUAUAUAUAUAUAUAAAGGCUGAUGUUUUAUGUAUUUGAGGAGCAGAGAAGAGUGUCUUAGGGCCCUAUUUUAACCAUCUAAGCACAUGGUCUGCGCAUGGCGCAGUUGCACUUAGGGCGUGUACGAAUCCACUUUUGCUAGUUUAACGACGGAAAAAAUGUUCGGCACGCCAGGUCCAUGGUCCAAAAGGAUUGUACCUAGUCUCUUAAUGAGUCAUGGGUGUGUUUUGGCCGUAACGUGCAAUAAACCAAUCUCAUCUCCCAUUCCCUUUAAAAGCCAGUUGUGCUUGCACUAUGGCGGAUUCGCUAUUUACAUGGCGGAAUUUGCAAGCGGAAAGACUGAACGCUUCUCCAGAGAGGAAUCCUUUUAUUUUUAGUAUUUGGCAUGUUUGUGUGCUGCUUCGCGUCCCUGUGUGUGUAACAAGCAGAGUGUACGGUGUUGUGCACCUGCCUAUAGGCACAUAUUACUAACGCACCCUUUAAAUAACAAAAAAAUACUGCUCUAUUGACUUUAGACCAGGUUUUUGUUGGUCAAUGGCGCAGUCGUUUUCAGUUGCCUUAAAAUAACAACACGCCAACAAUGCGCCUGAACACACCUCGUUUUUAGACCAGCACACCCAUGGGCGAACAGAUGGGCGUGAGUGCAUUUAAACAACGUGGCGCAGGACGUGAAAAUGAUAGCUGCAUCGGGCUGAAACUAGCAUAAAACACUUGCGUCGAGCCUGGCGUUGCAUUGCGCCGGGUUUAUGAUAGGGCCCUCUAUAUAUAUAUAUAUAUAUAUAUAUAUAAAGGCUAAUGUUUUAUGUAUAUGAGGAGCGGAGAAGAGUGUCUUUAGCAUUUGUUGUCGAGUCACAGCCAAUACUGUCUUAAAUAGCCUGUGUGUAGCACUUCAUCUUUUAUAACAUGAGAUUUUGGCCAAAUGACAGAAAAAAACUGAGCGCCCACAUAGUUACAAUAGACAUUAUAACCUGUAGGUUGACGAAAAUGUAAUAUGAUGCACUUACUGCCUCAGAUGCGGCCGUUCUAAUGAUGGACAACAAAAUUUACUGUAGCUCCAUUUGAGCUUGAUUUUGGUAAAAUGUUAAUAAAAAUGACACACGCAAGUGUCUGACCAUAUAAAGCCACAAUAUCAAUUUAAACACUGCGUUGUCAGUGUUUUUUCCAUUUCCUGAAAAGUAGCAGUUUUGUACAUACAAGGUUUCCGCCCGACAGUGAAGAUAUGCUGCUGAUGGUGUCAUGUAUUUAUGGUUUGUGCAACUAUGAUGCAUUUGCUGGAAUUGGACUUGAAUGCACUUAAUAUUGAACAUGGAACAGCAACAGUAUCACAUUGUGUUUUCAAGCUUAGAUCUUCUAGAAAGAUGUAACAACAGGUAAAUUUGAAUGUAAUAGACCAAAUAGCAGCACAAUAUCUCAGGCAAUACCUUGAAUGUGAGAUAUUUGCCUGUCUGGAACAGGGUAAUAAAUAUACAGUGCCUCAUUAAUGGACCACAAGCAUAACAGCUUACGUGUUUGGAAUCAGUUGAUGAUGAUCUCGAAUUAAUUAUAGCUUCUCUAUAGUUCAGAGCGACAACCCAGUUAAAAGCUUCUCUGACACAUUGCUCAUCUAACGUUUCUUCUCCGCUUCCUGUUUAGGAAUGUGACUUAAUGUUUUAAAAUGGCCUUAGCACAUGAAUCAUUCAUUCAAAUGUUCAGGCUUACACACUGUGUUUAUCUGUGGAAUCAUCAGAGACGUGUUUCACUGAAUUCACUCAUUCUUGUGCAGUGUAUUGUGGUGAUGAUAAUGCAUGGCUCUCCAGAAAACUAUCUUUGUUGUGUGUGCUUGUGAUUAAAAAUUAAUGUGGAUAGACCAUCCAGCCUUAAAGGGAUAGUUCACACAAAAAAUAAUAAUUCUUUUAAUAUUUACUCAACCCAUGUUGUUGAAAACCUGUUUUUCUGAGGAACAUGAAAUGAGAAUCUUUACACUAAUUGUUUCCAUACAAGUACAAUUUAUGGUGACCUGUCGAGCUCAAAAAGCUUCGUGUUUCAUAAUUUCAUAUUAUUCACACCAUAUUCCAAGUCUUAUGAAGCCCUACAAAAGCUUUGAAGCCCUGAAAUUUAAGUCAUUAUUCAUUCUCAAAUCAAAUAAUUCACAAAACAUAUAUUGUUGGACAAUCAGUAUCAUCAAAAGUCGCAGGCAAUAGCAAAUAGGCAAAAUAUUUGAGAGCUGGAUUGCAUAAAUGUUUUGAUUUAAAGAGGACCUGUUAUGCUCUUUUACAAAGUCUUGAUUUUGUUCUUGGGCUCUACUAGAUUAGGUUUUCAAAAAACACCUUAUUUUUCACAUAUUCGACAUUGUUACAGCUCCUCUCUUCCCAGUCUGUCAGUAACGCUGUUCAGUUCCUGUCUCUAUAAAGCCCCUCCUUCUGAAAAGCACAAUAUGCUCUGAUUGGUCGGCUGGACCGGUGUUCUAUGAUUGGUCAAGUGCUUCAAGCGUGUUCCGGAAAUGUCACGCCUCUUUACCAUAACCACAAGUUAACCACACUACUAACUAACUCAACCAGGCCCCGCUCCUUUAUUUUGCGUUUGCAUUUGGCGGGAAUUAUUUAAAUGAGGAAUAUUGUGACGUGUUUGUUCCCAGAAGAAAACUCAAGAGGCGUAAUGGAGGCGUUUCAGGGAGUUCAGAAACACUGACACUGAUAUAGAGAAUAACUCCCGCUGGAGGGACUUUGCAGACCUUUUUUCAUGCUCAAACAGCAACAUUACACACUAAAGAAAGCUGAAAAUGUAUGAAAGCAUAAUGGGACCCCUUUAAGAGAGAAUAAUGGCUUAAAUUUUGGUUGGAGCUUGACAGCCUAUGGUCACUAUGAACUGUUGUUGUUUGUAAAACAGCCGCGUAAAGAAUCAAAAUUUUGUGUUCAUCAGCAAAAAUAACAGCAUAUGGUUUGGAAUGACAUGAAUGAGAAAAUAAUGAUUGAAUCUUUUUGGGUGAACGCUUCCAUUGAUUUAAGGAUCUGAAUGAAUGUGAUUGCUGUUACAAUGUGCUUCACAGUUGGUCAACAGUGUGUAUAAAGUAUAUAUAUAAAGAAAAACAAAAGCA